UCCCCCAGGCACAGAGCACCAGUCCCGGCUGCAGCUCCACCAUGGCCCCGUCUGCCUUCAAAAACUUCCUGGUUACUUUUUUAAUGCCCGAAAAAUGUUACGAGAGGUUUUUCGUCAACUUUCACAUGAACGGGGCUUGCCUUAGGUUUGUGAUGAACAGAGUUGUGGGAUUUUUGAUCUUACUGGACACUUUCCUGGCGCAGCUCCCUCAGCUGCUGAAGAUAUUGUGGAGAAGAAGUGCAGACGGUCUGAGUCUGACCUCCGCCCUGCUGCAGCUCUAUGCCUUCUCCUGUCCUGUCGUGUACGCCAUAGCACACCACUUCCCCCUCUUUGCCUGGGGUGAGAGGCUCAUCACGUUGACCCAGACUGCCGCCAUUGUCUUCCUCAUCCUGUAUUAUCGUGGCCAAACCCUCACAGGAAUUCUGUUCCUCUUGGCUUUCGGAGGGGCCAUUUUCCUUCUGGCGUCCUAUGCAGCGGCAGCAGUCGUCUCAGCGAUGCAGGCCUCCAGUUUGCCAGCCGUAAUAGCAAGCAAGGUCUUCCAGGCUGGAACAAACCACAGUAACGACAGCACGGGCCAGCUGUCCUCUCUGUCGGUGCUUCUGUCCUGGGCCGGCUCUCUGGGAUUCAUCUUUGUGUCUCUACAGGAGACAGGAAACUGGUUAGCCACGGUGUCCCACACCCUGUCAGCCUGUCUCAGCUGCGUCCUCCUCGCUCAGGUCCUCUGCCCUGAUGCCACCAAGAAGAAGAGCGAGUAGAGGUGGAGGACAGUGAUGAACAAACACUCACAUCAUAUGCAAAUCCUUCCUGUCCUUUGAGGAAAUGCUUUGGGAUUCUGUGCCAGAUGUUGGAAUAAGAAUGGCUACAAAUACAGCACAGAUGUAGCAGGAAAUGUUUACAGUACAGAACACUUUUUUGUAUAUAUAUAUAUGGCUGUAUGCUACAUUAAGAUAUUUCAUAUUGAGGAUAUAUUAUGCUAAUUUCCAGGUGCAUAUUUGUAUUUCUCUGUUGUGAUUGAUCAACUGCUGAGAGAAGUCCCGCUCCAUCACGUACAAUGUGUUGGACUUCCUGUUUAGUGUCUGGAUCGUUUAUUGGGGUGUCCCAUUCCACAUAUCUCCAUCAUGUAUUAUGAUUGUAUUUGAAACUGUUUGUGAAUGAAAUACAUUGAAUGUAAUGUCAUAAAAGUUAGUUUAGUAUGUCAGAAACAAAUUAUGGUAUAUUAUGUCAAAAAACUAUAUUAUUUCCUCCUAAGCAACCGUUUUUAAUUUUGUAUGCAAGAAGCUUUCCAUUAACAGGUUUAUAUGCUUCAGGCAACGCCCGCCCUCAAACACUCACUGUUGCUCGGUAACACUGGAUGUUUGCAGGAGCUCAGCCAAGAGUCAAGACACACUCGGUAAGGUGAGCGUGUUUUCCAUCCAACAGCUCACAAAAUGAGAUAUCACCAGAUAAUAAACCAUUUCUUUAUUUAAUGAUGGUGUUUAUAAUUGUCUCUGUAAUCAAAUGUAAGAUUUAAAAGAGCUGUCACCUUCACUCACCUUUGUGUCAGCACUGUAAAGACCUUAGUCGAGCAUUAUCAAGGUGUACAUAAAGAACUGACCUCCUCCAGUUUCCUCUUUGUUUGCCUUUUACACAGCAUUAGCCUUGUGCACCAUGGCAUGGUGACCCAGCACCAUGGCAUGGUGACCCAGCUGACACGAGACAUGUGACGUGUCAUAUACACAAAGAAAACCAAAGAAAACCUGCAAGUGAAUCUAGUGAAACUACAAUGACAAAAUACAAACAAAAUAUACAAAAUUAAAGCCUGUUGUUGCACACAUGUGACAUGAUAUAUAUAAACAUUACUGCAAGUGAAAAAAUAAAACCCUGAUGCCUGCAGGUAGAUAAAAUAAUA